AGAGGCUCGUAUCUUUCCUACCGAAAACAGCGGAAGUACUGCUUGUAUUUCAGGCAAGAAAUACGAUGCCUGAACAAUCGAGUUUCCGCUCGACGCUCAUGGGCAGGGCUAAUCGACUCGCUCGGCAAUGGUUUUUCACGGGAAUCAAGAUGGCGACUCUUCCAUUAGCGCCAACUUAUUUAUUCUUUUAGAUGUCUAUAUUAAAAACAAAUAGCCUGUUCUGGCACCGAUUCCCCAGGGUUUCUAGCACCAUGAGGACCAGGAGCACCGUCUGCAGCGGGAAUUGACUUGCUAAAGACCAUUACCCGAGCCAGCGAGAUGUGCGAGAGUUAUUCCCGUUCGCUGCUGCGGAUUUCGGUGGCGCAGAUCUGCCAGGCGCUGGGCUGGGAUGCGAUUCAGCUCACUGCUUGCGACUUGCUCUCAGAUGUCCUACACCGAUACAUACAACAGCUGGCCAGAGGCUGCCAUCGCUACUCGGAGCUCUAUGGGCGGACCGACCCAAUUCUGGACGAUGUGGGCCAGGCCUUCAGGUUGCUGGGGGUGAACCUGAAUGAGCUGGAGGACUACAUCCAUAACCUGGAGCCCGUGGCCUUCGCCCAUCAGACCCCCCUCUUCCCUGUCAGCAAGAACAACGUGCUGCAGUUCCCCCAGCCCGGCUGCAGGGACGCAGAGGAGAGGAAGGAGCACAUUCCAGAGUACCUGCCUCCACUGGUGUCCCUACAGGAAGAGGAGGAAGAGGAGCAGGUCCUCCCUGAUAUGGGAACGUCGGCUGAGGCCAUGCAGGUCCCGCUGGACGAGGAAGAGGAGGAGAUGGAAGAAGACGAAGCCGUCAACGACGAGAACUACCUAGGCAAGAGGCACCUGGACAGCCCGGACUCGAUGGACAUGAUGCCUGUCAUGAAGAGGCCCCGCCUCCCGGGCUUCAAGUCGUCAGACAGCCCGGAGUGGGGGGUGGAGCCUCGGGAGCCGCUGAGCUCCCUGAACCCCCAGCGUGCCCCCGCCAUGCUGACCUCGCUCCACUCCCACGACAGUUCUGGCUCCCUCACCCUUUCUCCCGAGCCUCCUGGACACACCCCCUCCGCCAGGGCCACCCCCCCGGCCGUGCCCAGGUCGACGGACUCCAAGCCGAUCCCCACCCCGAGUCGAAAGGCCAAGAUCUCCCCGCCCGGCAGGCCCAGGACAAAAUCGCCCAAAAGGGCCAAUGCCGGUACGGCUUCGGGCAGCCCCAUACGCUCGCCCAAAGCGGCCCAGAAGGAGAGGAAGAAGUCUCCGGGCCGAACCCGGAGCCCCAAGAGCCCAAAGAGUCCCAAAUUGGGCCCCGGCAAAGCGGCCCACCCGCCGGGCAAGGCGGAAGCACCGCCGAAGGUUACCCUGGUCGCGCUGAGCGAGAAGAUGGGCAAGGAGAACCUCCACGCCAGGCAAAGCCCGGCUGUGGUGGCCGAGGCCAAGAAACAGCAGUUGGCGGAGGAGCAGCUGAGAAAGCUGGACCUCCCCGACAACACCAUCGACGACUCGAUCGACGCGGUGAUCGCCCAGGCGUGUGCAGAACGAGAGCCCGACCCCUUCGCCUUCUCCUCGGGGUCCGAGUCCGAGAGCGACGUCUUCUCCAGCCCGCGGAGGCUCACCAUCUCCGAGCCGACGACGCCGAAGCUCUUGAUCAGCACAAACAGUUUCGGCAAGGACACCUCCACCCCUCUCCCCUUGAACGCCGCGGGCGCCCUGGGCCCCAGCAACUCGUGGACGAUGGACGACUCCAUCAACGAGGUUUUACGCAAAGUAAACCAGGGAGGUCCCUCGGGGACGCCCCCCAACAUGAACUACCUGUCGUCCCCGUCCGCCUCUCCCCCCACCCCCGAGCCGCUCCUCAAGGUGUACGAGGAGAAGAACAAGCUGGCGGCCUCGGUCGACGUCAAGAAGAAGCUGAAGAAGGAGCUGAAGACGAAGAUGAAGAAGCGAGAGAAGGAGAAGCAGAAGGAGAAGGAGAAAGAGAGGGACAAGGGCAAGAGCAAGGAGAAGAACCGAGACAAGAGCAGAGACAAGGAGCGCGAGUUCCUCAAGGAGGCCAAACUCCCCUGGAAGGACUUCUCCGCCAAGGACGACGACCAGCGAGAGCUUUUCAAGACCCGGGACGCCGACGAGCCGGUGGCGCCUAAGGUGAAGUCCCGAGACGGCGGCGGCGGCUCCAGGAAAGAGAAGGACAAGCACAAGGACAAGAAGAAAGAUAAGGAGAAGAGCAAGAAGGACAGAGACAAGAGAGACAAGGGCAAGGACAAAGGCAAGGAGGAGAGGCAGAAGGCCUCCCUCUCCCUCAGCCUGAAGGAGCCCCCGCUACCUCUCUUCAGCCCGGCCGCCUGUCUCCGCAUCCCCUCCAUGCUGCCCCCCCUGCCCCCCAUCCUCCCGGACAAGCUCUUCCAGGACAAGGACAAGACCAAGGAGAAGGACAAGAAGAAAGACAAGAAGGAGAAGAAAAGGAAGAAAGACAAGGAGAAGGAGAGGGAGAAGGAGCGGGAGAAGGAAAAGGCCAAGGAGAAAGAGAGGGAGAAGGAGGAAAAGAAGAAAGAGAAGGAGAAGGAGAAGAGGGAGAAGGAGAAGGAAAAGGAGAGGGAAAAGCACAAGCUGGAAAAGGUGAAGGUGGAGCCCCCAGUGGUCCUCCCGUCUCCUGUCAUCCCCAGACUGACCCUGAGGGUGGGCGCCGGCCAGGACAAGAUCGUCAUCAGCAAGGUCGUCCCGACCGCCGAGCCGAAAACGCCGUCGACCCCCAAGACCCCCGCCGCCAAAUCUGGACCCGCCGGCCGGGCCAGGAGCCCCCCCGUCAUCCCCAUCCUCGCCCCGGUGCCCCCUCCAGCGCCCCCCACACCCCUGCACCCCCCUCCCAUGGCUCCCCCGGCAGCCUCCCCGGCCCCGGGUCCACCCCCGCCCCCAGUCCUGGGCCCGGGGGGGUCCUCCAAAACGCCCGUACGGAGCGUGGUGACAGAGACCGUCAGUACCUACGUGAUCCGAGACGAAUGGGGGAACCAAAUUUGGAUCUGUCCUGGGUGCAACAAACCGGACGAUGGGAGUCCGAUGAUCGGAUGCGACGACUGUGACGACUGGUACCACUGGCCCUGUGUUGGUCUCCUGGAUGCCCCGCCGGAGGAUGUGCAGUGGUUCUGUAUAAAAUGCGCUGGUAAGAAAAAGGACAAAAAACACAAGAAGAGGAAACACAAAGUGCACUGAGCCCCAGGCCCGGAAACACAGACCCCGUCCCAAAACCCUUCCCCCCACCCCACCCCAUCCCGCCAUCGCCCGCGGCAACCGCGCGUCCUGUCCAGCGUCGUCACAGCAACGGUUCUCCGCCUUGCCGCCCGAGACGCCACCGCCUUGUGCCUGCCACGUGACCAGCCCUCCGUGGUUCCCAUGGUUACGUCUCCAUCACGGGCGCCCAGCCGCCGAAGUCGCCGGCUCUCAGCGGGUCGUUGGGAACGGGACACACACGCCACUUGUGAUGUCAUUGGCGGGUCACCCGGCCACCACUGAAACGGUCUCAGUUUGAAAAUCAUACGCCCUUUCAUCCAGGACCCAGAUGUGUCUAGCUUAACCUCUCAGACUGGACAGCUAGUUAUAUUCCCCCCGCCCCGCAGCCUAUUGUUAUGUUUGUAUUAUUACGACUAUUUUUUUAUCGAGAAGACACGAUGACCCAUAAAUGAAUACAUACGAAACGACACUGAAAGUCAGACUGAUCUCAGAUGCCUUCUGGUUAUAUCAAUAUUUUUUUUCCACAGCUCGCCAUAAACUGUGUAUAUACAAAUGACUUCGUUUGUGUAUAUAAGUGUACAUAUGACCCCAAAAACCCAGUGCUUUCUGUUAUGAGUUUGACUUUUUCUGUUCCUUUCACCCCUCCAUUCAUUUUUAACUUGAACAGUUUUCUGUAAUUAUUGUAUAUUUUUUAAAAUGACAGUUUGUAUUUCGUUUUUUUCUUCAUAUCAAUUGCACCAAUCUUACUGUAGUUGUGCUUGUUGUAAUAUAUUUUAUUUGCUUGAUAUUGCUCCAUUAAAGGUUUCCCGCUUAUUCAAAUAUGCUUUCAGACUGCUUGUAAAUCUGUAGAAAAGCUUAAAAAAAGAAAAAGAAAAAAACUUCUGUACCAAAAUAUGACAUUUUAAUUUUCCUGUCCCAAGUUAAUUAUGAAUUGUAAGUGAAUUUUCAUUUUCAGUGAAUGCAAUUAAAUUGCUCUGGUUUUUCCAUGC